AUGAGCUGGCCCCUGAGCCCGCUGGCCUUACCCCUGUGCAGUGAGCUGGGCGUGCACUCCCUGAGCGGCCUGCUGUGGACCGUACUGCUGCUCUUCCUCUGGCACUGCUACCGGAUGGGCUCCGACUCACCUACACAUCCCCACAGCUCCAAGCACACGUCCCGCAUGAAGAGCUGUGUGGGAGUCAAGGGCAGUGACCCCAGGAACCCCUUCAUCUGCAGGGGCACAGAGGAAGAGAGGGGACAGGGAUACCUCACCCCCGUGUUGAGCCACACCCUGUUCCCCGCUCAGGCCUCGGCACAGGCCAAGAAGCUGUAUGCCGCUCUGCAGGAGUAUGCCAAGCGCUACAGCUGGGUGGGCAUGGGCCGCAUCCACAAGGGCCUCCGAGAACAGGAGAGACUUGCCGGUCACUGCACCAUUCAGAAGCCACACUUGUUCUACCUGCCGGACGUGCCCAGCGUGCCGUUCUUCCCCCGGGACGCACACCGACACGACAUAGAGGUGCUGGAGGCCCACUACCCCCUCAUCCUGAACGAGUUCCAAGCUGUUUACCAGCGCGGCCUCGACUGCAAGCAUGGAUGGACCUUUAUGGGACCAAAGGGCCAGGCCGUCUUCCCCCUGUACAGUGCAGGUGUGUGUGUGGCCGGGAACUGCCGCUCGUGCCCCUGCACCUACCGGACCCUGCUGUCUCUUCGCACCUUUGUCAACAGUAACUCUCUGGGAUCAGCCGGGUUUUGGCUCCUGGGUCCUGGGGCCACUCUGGGCAGCUCAUAUGGGCCCACCAACACCCGUCUGCGCUGCCAUUUGGGGCUGCAGACCCCCCUGGACUGUGAGCUGGUGGUGGGGGGAGAACCGCAGUGCUGGUCAGAAGGACAUUGCCUCCUGGUGGACGACUCCUUUCUCCACACAGUCGCACAUAAAGGUCCUCAGGAGGCUGGCCCCCGUGUCAUCCUCAGUGUGGACCUGUGGCAUCCAAACGUUGCUGCGGCCGAGAGACAGGCCUUGGACUUCAUGUUCAGCCCUGAGCCCUGA